ACUUGUCAUUACGUAAUCGUCAUUUAAAAUUCUGUCAUCUAUGUGCUACAAAUAAAAUUAUGUGUAUGGUUCUUUUUUGACAUUUCCCUUAGCAGAUCCUAUGAAAUAAAUGUGAAGGAAUGAGAUGUUAAACCACCUGAAAUAAUCAAAUGUUUGAAGAGCAAUAAAGGAAAUACAGGAAGAAUACUUGCAUGUAAAUAUAUAAAAUGUGUGAGUCUCCAAGAAGCCUUCUUAAAAUUUGCAUUGAUUUUAUUUGUAACAAUGUUUUGGAUUUGUGUGAAGUACAUCUUGGUGAUACGGGAGAACAUUCCCCUAAUUUAUUGGAUACAACUACUUGUAAUCAGCAAGUUAAUUUUUCAAUAAACAGUAAUAAUAUAGAUAUUUUGGGUGAAACAAUAGCUAGGGCAUCUAAUGAUGGAUCGUCAGGCUCAGCUAGAAGACUUAGUUUUAGAUAUCCAGAUGUUUUUUUACCAGCUGAGAUUUCUGAACAGUUAUUGUCUAAUCUUUGUGAAAAGAAAACUUUAUCCGAUUUGACUAUUACACUUUUUGAUUCAAAGUCCACUAGAUUAAGGCAUGUACAAUUAAAAGAUGCAUCUACAUUAUCCGCAAAGGGCUUGAAAGUUUUAAAGCAACAUAAAGUAGUAGAUCUAGUAGUAAAUGGAUUAAAAAUAACUGUUAAUGACCUGAUAAGUUGUUUGGGUGAUUGGAGUUUACAAAAUCUUAGAUCACUAAGUGUAGCAAAAGGAAGUUUCAUGGAUUGUUCACGGUAUUGCGUGGUAGUAACAUUAAGCAAAUUGAGAGCACUGCAUACGUUAAAUGUAUCCGAAACAGAAUUUAAUAAACAUGGUUUGGAAAUAGUAGUCGAGGAUCUUCCUCUUCUAGAAAGUUUAGAUAUUUCAUGUACAAAAGUUGAUGACAUAACACCAUUAAAAAAAUGUAAAAAUCGUCUAAAGACUCUCAAUAUGUACAAUUUGAAGAUAAACGAAAGUGCAAAUUUAAUUUCAGUAUUAUUGGAGUUAAAUGAAUUAAGAAAUUUAGACAUUUCAGAUGAAAGAGAUAUGCAUGCUCUUAAUUCUGUAUUAGGGCCUGCAAAACCAAAAAUAACAGACUUUUUAAAAGCUGUACAUUGUAUGCCAUAUUUAACUAGUUUAGAUUUAUCUGGUAAGGGUGAUAUAGAUCCAAAAGAUUUAAAAGAAUUUAUUAAAGCUCAUCCAUAUUUAAGGUUUUUGGGACUUGUUAGUACAGAUGCUUGUUAUGAUGACAGUUUAAUAAAUCCAAGUAAUGAAGAUUACAGACCUGGGCUUGUUGUCAGUGGUACAGCAACAGAAUCACAAAUUUUAGAAGCUCUUAGAAGGUAUACAUGCAGACCGUUUUAUCUUGAAAAAUGUUUAUUUAAUUUAUUCCGUUUAACACACAACUUCCUUGAACCACGAGUUGAUGUCAUAAAAUUAAUAUUACCUGGAAUGAGAGAAUAUCCGCAGGAGGUUCGCGUACAAGUACCAUGCACUGCAUGUCUUUAUAAUCUCACCAAAGGUGAAUUUGCUAUUAUGAUUCAUCCGUCGAUUCUUAAACAAGUUGUUGAAUUGACAAUGAUAGCUAUGGAAUCUUAUCCGACUAAUUAUCGGCUUCAAAUGAAUACAUUAUUGACUUUAUGUAGUGACAGAAUUCUGCAAGAUGUUGCUUUUGACAAAUAUAGAUGUGCAAGAUUAGUAUUAAAUUCUUUAUUAACUUUUAAUGAACCCUCAAUGAAUCGUAUGUCUGUUGCUAUUUGCUCAUUAUUAGCAGCAAAAAUAUCAACAGUAGAAACCUCUUUGCUUGGUGCUGAACCACUGUACAUGUCUAAGUUACUUCAAAUGGUUAAAUCUAAAAUGGAAUCUAAAUCAGUAGAUAUAACAAUGAAAUUUACAUUAAGUGCUUUGUGGAAUUUAACUGAUGAAAGUGUUACAACAUGCGAAGUUUUUCUAGAUGAAGGUGGAAUGGAAUUAUGUCUUAAAAUGCUAGAAAGCUUCCAAGACGAAUCUAGUGUUGAAACUAAAGUACUUGGUUUAUUAAAUAACAUAGCAGAGGUUGUUCAUUUAAGACCAAGGCUUAUGCAACCCAAAUUCAUCUCUAUGCUUUCCGUGCUGUUGACAUCUGCACACAUUGAUGUAUCUUAUUUCGCAGCAGGUAUUGCUGCACACUUGCUUAGCGAUGGUCCACGUGCAUGGACUACAAUGAUUACAGUCCCAACUAGAGAUGGAUUAUUAGAACAGUUAGCUUAUACUGUAACACAUUGGCAAACACCUCAGGGAGAAAUGGUUGCCUAUAGAAGUUUUCAUCCAUUUUUCCCACUUUUACGUUGCUCGGAUGCAUAUCCUGUGCAGCUUUGGGCAGUUUGGGCAAUACAUAAUGUAUGCACAAAAAACCCUAAACGUUAUUGCAGUAUGUUAAUUAGAGAAGGAGGAGUAGAGAUACUAAAAUAUCUUGAAAGUACACAUACAGAGCAAACGAUGAAACCAAAUUUACAAAGUUUAUGUCAAUCAAUUCUCAAAACACUUGAAUUAAAUUCUUAACGAUCACUAUUGCCUUCCAAAACGAAAUUUGCGUACCAUGAAGUUGGUAUACUAGUCAAUGUUUAUUUCAAUGCAAUCUUGUAUCCUGUUCUUUAGACCAAAUAAUUAAAAUUAUUACAUGAACAUGGAUAUUUAUCAAAAAAGGACUAAAACGAAACAACAAGUCCAUGAUAUUAAACUCUGUAGAUUUGAAUUGAGGACCUGAAUUAUGAAAUAUAGCUCUAUAUAUCAAUAAAGUACAUUAUACAUAGACCUUAUACUCAAAAAAGUAUGUUGAAUACAUAGUAUAAGUUACAUUUAAAGCCUGAUUACUGUAAAAAAAGAUAUAAUUAAAUAUUUGAAAAUAUACAUUGAGCUUAGAAGAGAACAACUUUUAAUAUGUUUUAUUGUCAUUACUAUAUUUUUUAAUUGUUAAAUAUAUUAUUAUGUUUUAAAAUGGAUAAAUCAAUAGAAAAAUGAAUUUAAUAAAUAGGGGCUAAUAUAUAUGAAGAAUUAAUUUAAUUAUUUGUUGUAAACAACGUCGUUUAAUAUAAUAAAGUUAAAAUGUAUUUAAUAUUUAAGGUUUCAGUCUAAUAAACUGAAUAAUUAUGUUAUUGUGAUAUUUGUAUAAUUAAUCGAGGUUUUUAAAGAACAUUUAUUUGUGUGGGAUUUAAGCAUAUAAUGUAUUUUGUGGUCGUGAAACAGUACUAACAGCGUUAGUUGAACUAUUCAAAACCCAUAUAACAUGUAACUAAAUGUUAUUGGUGCUGAUAUUGUGAAAAAAUAGUAAUUAGAUUAGAAUCUCAUGUGUAUGCUAUGCUUAAGAAAUAUCUUUUUUUAUUAUUAUAUAAGCGUUAUAAAAUGUAUUAGAAAAUAUUUUGUUAUAUUAUACUUUUAACAUUUUGAAUUCAGGUCUUCAAUUUCUUUUGUUAAUACUUACUCUAUCUUUCCAUUAAUUGCAACAUGUUUAGAGAUUAUUGUGCAUUUAUAUGCCCUUAGACGUAUAAAAAAAAAUACAAAUUUCUAAUAAAACAAGCAUAACAAUC